GGGCACUGGGGAAUGAAGAGGGCAAGUAGCAGGACCCCCAUCUGCCUUUCAUUCAACAAAAUCUCCCUAAUCCCCUUCAUCUAGCUCCCCAGUUGUCCAGUCUAGCUCUCACUGGAGUGUGUCAGUACCCGGCUUAAAGCAUGUCAGUAGCUUUUCAUCUACCUAAAAUAAAAAAAACCUCUAAGUCAUGGCCUACAAGACCGGGUGACGCUGGCCCUACUGGUAAUUCUACUGGGUACCCCCCACCACUCUCCUUGCACACCGUGCCCCACCUUGCCCAGCGCUUUCCCACUGCAGGGCCUUUGCACUUGCUGCUCUUCUUCCUGGGGCUCUGCUCUGCUCUUUGCUUGACUGGCUGCUUUCCUCAUUCAGGUGUCAAUUCACACGGUACCUCCUCAGUGAAGCCUUCCCUGACCCCCUCCCCCUAGGUACUUUUUUGAUCUCACAUCCUUAUUUUAUUUUCUUCCCAGCCCUUGCCCUAAUCUCAAAGUAUGGUUGUUUAUUUGUUAGCUUUCUCAUCUGCCUCCUGCCCCAGAAUGUUCGCUCUUCAAGAACAGGGAUCUUUACUGUCCCUAGACGUACACUGGCAUGUAUGUAGUAGGUGCUCAAUAAGUUAUUUGUGGAAUAAAAGAAGAGUGAAAGCAAACUUUCUUUUAUCUUCCCCUACAUGCACUCAGUCACCAAGGCUAGUCCAUUUUGUAUCCUAAAUGUUUCUAGAAUCAAUUUUCUCCUCUCUUUGGACCCUUCCUUCACAACUAGAACCAAUUCAACAACCUCUAUCCUGGGUCUCCUCCCCUGUGUCUUUUGCUGCCCACCCACAUUCUGCAUAUCAAGAGAACUUCUUUGAUAUUAGUCACACGUGCUUCCUUGCUUCCUUGCUCAAUAGUCUUCAAUGGCUCCCAGGGCCUUCAGGAUAAAAUCCAAGCCUGAGAGCUGCCAUGAAGCCUCUCCCCAGAUGGACUGGAUCCUUAUUUCCAGUCUUCAUUUCCUCCCUCCCCCAGAAACCCUACCAUGUUCACAGGGCGUGCGGACUUAAUUUUGAGGGCAAGAAGCUAUUGGGGGUCUAUAAGUCAGGAGCUGACCUGACUCGAUUUGUAUUUUCCACAGCUCCCCCUGGCUGCCCUGUGGAGGGUGGGUUGGAGGGAGGCCAGAGACACCAUUGUGAAAAGCACGCAUUCAUCCAUUCAUUCACCAAAUGUUUAUUUACUACUACGUUUAUUUACCAGCAUCUUGCUAUAGGCUGGGGAAACAGCAGGUGACAGGAAAGGGUUCCUAAUCUCAUGGGGCUUUGAUGCAAGUUUGGGGCCAAGGAAGGGUAAAGGGGACAGGUAAUAAACAACCAAUAGACAAUUUCAGGUGGUGAGAAGUGCUCUGAUGUGAUAUAAUGGUGGACAGGUGAUGGAGGGAGCUACUUUAGAAAUGGUGGUCGGGGAAGGCCUCGUUGAGAAGGUGACAUUUGAGGCGAGACCUGAGGUGGGGAAAGCUUCAUGUGUUCAGGUAAGUGCAUAUUUAGUUAGACACUGCCAUAUUCUUUAUUCCAGAGUGACUGUCCUAUUUCAUAUUCCCAUCAACGAUAUAUGAGAAACCCAGUUUCUCUGCAUACUCACCAGCACUUGGUGUUAAAACUUCUAUUUUAGCCAUUCUGAAAGGUGUGUGGUAAUGAAAGUUGUGGCUUUCGUUAGGGCGGCUUUGAAUCUCCUAAUUUUCUAAUAACAGCUAAAGAUCAACCUUGACCUCUGCCUACUCUUUCCUGCUUCUCUCCAAACCUGCUGGGAAAGAUGAUGAUGCCUGCUUCACAAUCUAAGUUUUAAUUUUUUGCCUUUCUCAUACCUUGCCCUUCCUUUUCUUACAUGUAUAUAAUAGAAAGGGUGCAAUGUUAGGCUUAAAGAAUUCACCUUCCCCAAACUUCCAUCCAAACCUCCUAUAAAACCCACUGCUCUCUCCUUCCUAGGGGUGUAUUAGGCAGGUAGCCUUUGCCUGACACCUAGGGAGAUAGAGGAAUGAAAUGCAAAAGGGGAACUUACUUUCCUUAUCCCUCCCCAUUGUCUGAAAAGUAUUUACUCCUCCCAGAAAAACCCUCUACAAAACCCAAAGGUCUCCCCUUUUCUCUCGUGAACGCCUUUUUCAGCCUCCACCCAUCUGCACCCAGAUGCUCAAAAUAAAUAGCAUUUUGCUACACAGGAGGCUUCGCCCCUCCAGACCUAACAGCUUUAAUGUGCAUUUCCCUAAUGGCUAACGUUGAACAUCUUUUCAUGGGUAUAUUUGCCACCUGUGACAUCAGUGAGAUGUCUGUUCAUGUCUUUUUUCCACUUUCAAACCGAAUAACUAGGUUUUUAGCAGGGAUGAGACAUGAUUUAUGUUUUACAAAAAUCACUCCAGUUGCUUUGAGUAAAGGGGCCACGAGUUGAUACACCUGUGGAGCAGGUAGGACAUGAACUAUGGCCGUCCAGGAGAGAGAUGAGGGGAGCUGCAAUUGGCUGCUAGCGCUGGAGAUGGAGGGAAAGGGACACAUUCUGGAAUAUUCAGUACAUCGGAGGGAAAGUUUCCUGGACUUGCGGGAGGAUACGAAGAAUCAAGGACUUCCAGGGGCCUGGGGUGUCCUUUACAGAGGGAGAAACAGGUUGGGGGAAGGGGAAUCGAGGCUCUGGAUUUAAGGUCACAGAUAAUGAGAGGUUGACCUAGGCUGAGGCCGAGAGGAGAGCAGGGAUUUGAGGGCGAGGGGAUUAGCAGGAAGCGGUGACUGGGUUGCACAUCAACAUGGGGGUGAGGACGUGCAAGUUUCCGACUUCUACGACUGACGACGACACGGGGACUCCGAGGCGCCCAGAAAAAUGAAGCCGACCCAGCCCUGCCCCGAGGGACGCUCCACGAGGGCGGAGGUGCAGGGAGGGCCGGGCCCCGGGUCGCCGUAGCCAGCGCCGAUCCGAGCGCGGCUCCAGCCUGGGGGAGAGGGAGAGCGCGCCUCGUGCUCCAGGCCGGGGCCACUCGCGUCCCGAAGGAGGUGUAAUCGGAGCAGAAGUUCCAAGGUCACGGAGAGACACUAGGGAAGGCGUCUGAAGAAGAAAACCUCUUUGGGUUCGGAGAGCAGGCGUCCACACUACCAGCGCGGCCCAGCCACGUAGGGAGAGGGGCGGGGCCGCUGCCCACUCGGGCAUCUUCGGCCGAGGCUCGGCAAUCCCUCCGCCUCCGGCGGAGCCCUCAGCCCCCGGGGCCGAUCCGGAAACAGCCGAGCGGAUCCGGAAACAGCCGAGAGGACCCGGAAGCGGUGAGCCGUCUCCACGGAGUGCGGGAAUCCGCCGUUUGCGCCGAGGCGAUGGCGGCAGCUGCGCCGGUGGCCGCGGGCGAGGACGGGCGGCGGCGGCAGCCGGGGGCCGCGCUGGACCCGCAGCCCCAGGACGGGGCAAAGGCUGAGGCCGAGUCAGGUGAGCUGGGCCGGCUUCGGGCUGAGCUGGCAGGCGCCCUGGCAGAAAUGGAGACCAUGAAGGCUGUGGCUGAGGUGAGCGAGAGCACGAAGGCCGAGGCUGUGGCUGCAGUGCAGCGGCAGUGCCAAGAGGAGGUGGCUUCGCUGCAGGCCAUCUUGAAAGACUCCAUCGGCAGCUACGAAGCCCAGAUCGCUUCCCUGAAGCAGGAGCGGCAGCAGCAGCAGCAGGACUGGGAGGAGAAGGAGCGGGAGCUGGUCCGCCUGAAGCAGCUGCUGGCCCGCACGCACCCGCUGGACUCCUUGGAGAAGCAGAUGGAAAAGGCCCAUGAGGACUCAGAGAAGCUGCGGGAAAUCGUGCUGCCCAUGGAGCAGGAGAUCAGGGAGCUGAAGGCGAAACUGCUGAGGGCGGAGGAGGUGAUCGAAGAGAUGCAGAGACAGCCCCAGCAGCCCGCUUCCCUGCAUGGCUCCACGGAGUUGCUGCCCCUGUCCCGGGACCCGUCGCCCCCGCUGGAGCCUCUGGAGGAGCUGAGUGGCGACGGGGGCGCAGCAGCCGAGGCCUUUGCCCACAACUGCGACGACAGUGCCUCCAUCUCCUCCUUCUCCCUGGGUGGCGGGGCCGGCAGCAGCGCCUCCCUGCCCCGCAGCCGCCAGGGCCUGAGCGCUGAGCAGGAAGAGACAGCCUCUCUGGUGUCCACGGGUACCCUGGUCCCCGAAGGCAUCUAUCUGCCCCCUCCUGGCUACCAGCUUGUCCCAGACACCCAGUGGGAGCAGCUGCAGGUGGAGGGGCAGCAGCUGCGGAAGGACCUAGAGAGCGUCAGCCGUGAGCGGGAUGAGCUGCAAGAGGGCCUGAGACGGAGCAAUGAGGACUGUGCCAAGCAGGUGCAGCUUCUCCUGGCCCAGGUUCAGAACUCAGAGCAGCUGCUGCGGACCCUGCAGGGGACGGUGAGCCAAGCCCAGGAGCGGGUCCAGCUGCAGAUGGCAGAGCUGGUCACCUCCCACAAGUGCCUGCACCACGAGGUAAAGCGGCUGAAUGAGGAAAACCAAGGGCUCCGGGCAGAGCAGCCACCAUCCUCAGCUCCCCAGGGCCUGGAGCAGGACGACGGCGAGGGGGAGCCGCUGCCUAGCCUGGUGCCUGAGCUGCAGCUGCUGGUGCGCCGCACGCGGCAGGAGGCGCGGGCCCGGCAGCAGGCGCAGGAGCACGGGGCCGAGCGCCUGCGGAUUGAGAUUGUGACGCUGCGGGAGGCGCUGGAGGAGGAGACGGCCGCCAGGGCCAGCCUGGAGGGGCAGCUGAGGGUGCAGCGGGAGGAGACAGAGGUGCUGGAGGCCUCCCUGUGCAGCCUGAGGACAGAGAUGGAGCGGAUCCAGCAGGAACAGAGCAAGGCCCAGCCCCCAGACCUCUUGGAACAGAGGGUCAAGGUGAUGCGGCUGCAGGCAGAGCUGGAAACCAGCGAACAGGUGCAGAGGGACUUUGUGCGACUGUCCCAGGCCCUACAGGUGCGCCUGGAGCGGAUCCGCCAGGCGGAGACUCUGGAGCAGGUGCACGGCAUCCUCGACGAGGCGCCCCCGAAGGACGUCAGGGACAUCAGGGAUACCUGAGAGGCCAGGGCGAGGACCACCCCCACCCGGGGAGGACUCUCUUCUGCACCCCCGCACCCUGAGGCCCGGGCUUCGGGGGUCUCGGGUGGAGUCUUCACCCUCUCCAAGCCGGGGGUUGAGGUGACAGGGCUGCUACUGUCCUGCUCCUCCAGCAUCUGCUCCCAGGGGUGGCUGGGCCUCCUGCUCUCAGGGAUGACACCCGGGUGAGGGUCCCAACCCCCUCCCAGAACCAAAGGUGCAGGCUCAGCCCUGCGGCUUUCUGGCUGCUGUGCCACCACUCCCAGCCAGCUCCCAGCCUCUGCAGCAGCGUCCCCUGCUCCCGCACAGCCGGCCCGUGGAGGCUGGGAGCCUCCGCCCUGUGUCAGUGGGGCCCUUGUACUGGGCCCCGGGACAGGCAGCUGCUCUCUGGUCUGCAUGACAUUAAGACGCCUGUCCACAGGGGCUCGACCCAGGCUUCAAGAUGAGCACAGAGGCAAGGCCAGACUUUUCUGUCAUUUAUUUUCAAUAAAUAAGCAGCUCAGCUCA